GUCGUUGAACAACCACACAACCUGCACAGAAUGGCUCCAGCGCUUCCAACAGCAGACCCAGCGGCUACCGCGCCCAUUACGCUUGUACCAGCUAAGCUGGGCAAUUUCCGCGAUGCUGAUAACCAACAUGUCGAUGCCAGCGACAGCGACCAAUCAGAUGCGAGUGGGCGGAGUCUUUCACCAACGCGGCAAGGCCUUAGCAAGGCCAAGAAGAAGAGGGAGCGCAGGCAGUUUGGUGCGUUUGCGGAUGAGCUUGGUGACCUCUUAGGCGCUGCGUUUCAAUCCAAUGAUCAGCCAAAGUCUUCUGCGCUGCCUGCAAGCACGAAUGCAGUGGGUCCGAAUACAGAUGGCGAUCUCGAGAUGCAAGCCGAACCUCAUCUAACGGGACCAAAGAUGUCGAAGCGCCAGCGGCAGAACUUGGCAAGAAUGCAAGCUCGAAAGCUUGCUAAGGAGCAGUCCAAGAUGGUCACAGUAGAGGAACAGGCAGUUGCCGCAGAAAGAAAGGGAAUGACAAUCCAAGAGUAUCGCGGCCAGAAACCACCAAAGAAGAAGAGCGAAAAGAAUGACAGUCAAAGGAGAAGAUCGAGAAAAGAACGGGAGCGUUUGAAGAAGAAGGCCGAGCAGGCAGGCGCGAUGGAGAUUGACUAAAGAAUCACAUAGCAGGAGUAUAGAAGCAAAGGUACGGAAUUGAGACUUUUCAAAAGCCCACGACUGUUCCUUCUUCUCCUCCCGGCGUCCUCCCAGAUGACACAACAUCUCCAGACUUCAUCUGUCCAGUUUUUCCGCGCAAUGAUGUGCUGCUGAGCCGUUUCCCCAAAUGCCAUGAUGUUCAAAGCGUUGUGUAUCGAUUGGUGAGAUCGGUUCUGGUGUCGCUCCUGCCUCCUUCAUGAAAUCAGAUACCCCACCUGCCCCGAGACUUCACUCUAGAUAGCAAGUUCGCUCAGAUAUCGAAACAUGAACUC